AUGUUAGGGCUGAUGUACCACACCGCCUCACAUUUCAGUAUGUUGGUAGAUUUAAUUGAAGAUAUCAACAUAAUAUUUUCUACAAAAAAGGAGUCUGAGCAGCAUUGUCUUCAUACACCACAACGAAAACAGUACAGAGAUGAACGUCAUGCUGAAGAUGAGUCUGAUGAAGAAAGUCAACAUUUGGCACAGCUGCAUAAAUAUUUGACAUCUUGUAUCAAGUACCAUCAAGAAAUAAUUGGUUUAUGCAAACAGAUAGAAGACUUCUUGAGUCCAAUGCUUCUAAUAAUCUUCGUCUUCAGUGAGGCUCUCAUGUGCUUGUCUACAUUUCGAUUAGCAUAUGGUUUUGCUGAUGAUGAGAGCCUAAAAUUUCUGAUGAGUGGUUCCUGCUUUUACGUUUGGUUGCUGUCAUUCUGUUGGGCCGGCGAAUACCUCACUGAACAGAGUCUGGCAGUUGAAAAGGCGAUUUACGGCUGUCCCUGGUAUAAGCAUUUGCAGACAAUGCACGACAUCAAGUUCGUCAUUAUGCGAGCUCAAAAGCCGAUACAGCUCACCGCAGGGAAGUUCUAUAAUGUGUCGUUAGAAACCUACCUUCAGAUAGCGAACACGGUGUACGCCUACUAUACCUUAUUGAAGAACGUUGCUGAUUCGUAGGAGACACUACACAGAUUUCUAGGACACAAAACUUGCACUUUGUAUAAGCCUUUAAAGCUCAAUGGUAACUAUAUGUACCAAUUGCUUCAAUAAUUCUGCAUUUUUCACAGUGUAUUAUGGGUUUUGUGUGAUUCUUUGGGUAAACAUUGAUUAAUUAAACAACGUUUAUCAACUGAUCUUUGUCAUAGUGAAGUGUUCUCUUUGAGGUACGGAUUGAAUGUUCAAGCAUUAUUUGGACGAUCUUGCUUCAAAUGGUUGAAAUGUGCACAAGUGUAAUUUGCUGACGUUAUAUUCCCCAUUGGAUUGUUAUGAGUUGACAUAUGUACUAGUGUACUGUAACUUGUAUAGUAGGAAAUUGAAAUAAACUUGUCUCUUUUGAUUUUGUUUCAUUUAACUUAAAAGAUUUAUUGUCAACUAUACUUGGCAGUGACUCUUAAAAGCCUGGCGUUACAAAGAAUCUUUAUUUCAAUAACAGAAAAAUAGCCGAGUAAAAUGUUUACACAUGAUACAUUUUAAGUCAGACCCCUUACUGACUUAUCGCAUCCAUAAAUUACGUCAGUAAAUUUUGUUUAAUUCCAAAACGUGUAACAUAGAACUACUGACUAUUGAUAACAUUUUAUGAAAUGGAAUACACUUUCGUGGAUGAGGUUAUAAACCUGUCUAGUAUAUCCUCUUUAUAUUUUUAUGUUAUAAUUAAUCUGUUAUGCACAUAGACCUACCUUAUUAGACUGAAAGUUUCUAAUAUUUUCCUCUAUACAAGUUACAUUAUAAUAUGAAUAGUCUUACAGACUAUUCU